CUUUUCUCUUCUAUCAACCCCACAAGGCUUUGGCACAAUGAAGUGGGUGACUUUUAUUUCCCUUAUCUUUCUCUUCAGCUCUGCUUAUUCCAGGGGUGUGUUUCGUCGAGAUACACACAAGAGUGAGAUUGCUCAUCGGUUUAAUGAUUUGGGAGAAGAAAAUUUCAAAGGCCUGGUGCUGAUUGCCUUUUCUCAGUAUCUUCAGCAGUGCCCGUUUGAUGAGCAUGUAAAAUUAGUGAAUGAAGUAACUGAGCUUGCAAAAACAUGCGUUGCUGAUGAGUCAGCUGCAAAUUGUGACAAGCCACUUCACAAUCUCUUUGGAGAUAAACUGUGUGCAGUUGCAUCCCUUCGUGAAACCUAUGGUGAAAUGGCCGACUGCUGUGUGAAACAAGAGCCUGAGAGACAUGAAUGCCUCCUGAAACACAAAAAUGAUAAUCCAGACCUCCCUAAGUUGAAACCAGACCCUGAUACUUUGUGUGCCGAGUUUAAGGAAAACGAACAGAAGUUUUGGGGAAAAUACCUAUAUGAAAUUGCCAGAAGACACCCCUACUUUUAUGCCCCAGAACUCCUUUACUAUGCUCAUCAAUAUAAAGGAGUUUUUGCAGAAUGCUGCCAAGCUGCUGAUAAAGGUGCCUGCCUGAUACCAAAGAUUGAGACUGUGAGAGAAGAAGUACUGGCUUCAUCUGCCGCACAGAGACUCAAGUGUACCAGUAUCCAAAAAUUCGGAGAAAGAGCUCUAAAAGCAUGGGCAGUAGCUCGCCUGAGCCAAAAAUUUCCCAAGGCUGAUUUUGCAGAGGUUUCCAAGAUAGUGACAGAUCUUACGAAAGUCCACAAGGAAUGCUGCCAUGGUGACCUGCUUGAAUGUGCAGAUGACAGGGCGAAUCUUGCCAAGUAUAUAUGUGAAAAUCAAGCUACAAUCUCCACUAAACUGAAGAAGUGCUGUGAUAAGCCUCUGUUGGAAAAAUCCCACUGCAUUGCAGAGGUGGAAAAAGAUGAGUUGCCUGAAAACCUGUCCCCAUUAGCUGCUGAUUUUGCUGAAGAUAAGGAAGUUUGCAAAAACUAUAAUGAAGCAAAAGAUGUCUUCCUGGGCACGUUUUUGUAUGAAUAUGCGAGAAGGCAUCCUGAGUACUCUGUCUCAUUGCUAUUGAGAAUUGCCAAGGGAUAUGAAGCCACACUGGAGGAUUGCUGUGCCAAAGAUGAUCCUCCUGCAUGCUAUGCCACAGUGUUUGAGAAACUUCAGCCUCUUGUGGAGGAGCCUAAGAAUUUAAUUAAACAAAACUGUGAACUUUUUGAAAAACUUGGAGAGUACCAAUUCCAAAAUGCGCUCAUAAUUCGUUACACCAAGAAAGUACCCCAAGUGUCAACUCCAACUCUCGUGGAGGUCUCAAGAAACCUAGGAAGAGUGGGCUCUAAGUGUUGUAAGCAUCCUGAAUCAGAAAGAAUGUCCUGUGCUGAAGACUAUCUGUCCUUGGUCCUGAACCGGUUGUGCGUGUUGCACGAGAAGACACCAGUGAGCGAAAGAGUUACCAAAUGCUGCACGGAGUCCUUGGUGAACAGACGGCCAUGCUUUUCUGCUCUGACACUUGAUGAAACAUAUGAACCCAAAGCCUUUGAUGAGAAAACAUUCACCUUCCAUGCAGAUUUAUGCACACUUCCCGAGAAUGAGAAACAAAUCAAGAAACAAAUUGCACUCGUUGAGCUGGUAAAACACAAACCCAAGGUAACAGAGGAACAACUGAAAACUGUUAUGGGGAAUUUUGCAGCUUUUGUAGACAAAUGCUGUGCAGCCGAUGACAAAGAGGCCUGCUUUGCUCUGGAGGGUCCAAAACUUGUUGUUACAACUCGAGAAGCCAUAGCCUAAAAAGAACACAACCACAAGCAUCUCAGCCUACCCUGAGAGUAAGAGGAAAAAAAGAGAAAUGAAAACUCAGAGCUUAUUCAUCUGUUUUUCUUUUCUGUUGCUGUUAACCAACACCCUGUCUUAAGAACACAAAUUUCUUUAAAUAUUUUGCCUCUUUUCUCUGUGCUACAAUUAAUAAAAAAAUGAAAAGAAUCUAA